AUGUCUCCAGCCACAAGAAUAGCAGAGUUAGCCGCGUCGAUUCAAAGAAAUACCAGCAAAGUUGAUGAAUAUCUUGCGUCGAAUAACAUUCCUUCUCCUUCUUUUGAUGUUUCCUGCCCCCUCAGACUCUCUCUACCGCCAGACAUUCAAGCUUCUAGAAAUGUUAUUCUUGAAGCAUCGGAUGAGUUAACUGCUCUUAUGCUUGGACCUGUGGAAUCUUUGAUUCCUCCACCAAAUGCUUGGAUAAGUGUGACCGCUUUACAACGAUUUGGGAUCGCUAAAUCGUUCCCCUCAACCCGCACCUCCACCUUCCUCGAAAUCGCCGAAAAAUGUUCCAUUCCUGAAUCCGACGUUCGUAGCUUAAUACGACACGCAAUGUCCUUCUAUAUAUUCCACGAGCCAUCUCCAGGAAUAGUCGCACACACAGCAUCUUCCAAAGCGCUUGCUGAGAUCCCUCCCGUCUCCGAUUUCAUCGGUUUCGUAAGCGAAGAAAUGCUACCCGCUUCCACUCGUCUCGUCGAUGCUAUGAUCAAAUGGCCUGGAUCGCAGGAAUCUAAUGAAUCGGGCUAUGCACUUGUUAAUGGAGCAGAUGUUCCCAUGAUGCAUAUAUAUCAAGGGACUCUAGACGCUCGCAACAAAUGGGAAAAGCAAUGGCUUUUUUGA